AUAACCACACGUGAACCUCUUCGAAACUUGGCGGUUCUGGUCUAGCUUAUCGACCGGCGACUUCACGUUAGACGGGUUUUUCUAUUCUGUUUUUGUAGUUUUUUUUUUUCCUAAAAUAAAAUGUGUGAUAAAAUGUAAUAAUUUUUAACUAGAAAAAGGCCGACGUCGUCAUGAAGAAAACAGCGCAGAAGAAGCUGACAAAUUACUUCACCCUUAACGAACAGAGAGUGAAGUCGCGGAGUGACACUGAAAACAUAGAAGCCGGCGCGCCGCCGGCCCUGAAGCGCCAGCGCGUUUCCACUCCACAAAAGCCUGUGCUAAAGGAGAAGAAGGUGCAGUCGCACAUAUCGCCUAUGAAGUUCGUCGAGAACUUUGGCUCCGUUUUCUUCGACGACGACUUUGGCUUCGAUGAUCUCAAACGGCAAGGGAGUCUUAAUUUGGAAAAGUUACAGCGUUUUGAAGUUCUGGCAGUUGAAGUUUUGCCGAAUUCCGAUCUCAAGAUUGAAGUUAAAGCGACCAAAGAUCCGAACAACUGUGGUACCUGCACCGUAAAAACACCAUGGAAUGGGUACGCUAUAAAAGAACGCGAUGUUGUAAGCCUGAAAGGGUGCAAGACUGACGAUGGCUGGGUCGUAGAAUGGGGCGGCCUUUUGGUCGUCAACCCUGACCAUCUUGUAUCUACAACACAGAUCGUACAGUCAUUGUACUGCACUCGUAAGACUGUCCUAAGCGGGCUAUUUAACGAAAUCGGCGACCGAGGCCCCGACCACAUGGUCAUAGGUUGCAUCGUACAUGAACUCCUCGAAGUGGUGUUAAUGAAAAAAUGCACGAUGCGCGACGAGAUAGAAAAAGUCUGCGAUGAAUUGACGAAAGGCCAAGGAUUCACGGUGAAAAUGUUCAUGGAGGGCAUGGACUAUGAAAAAACUGUUGAAAGGGUCCGCUCGUACUUGCCCAGCAUAUUCGACUUUGUAACCAGAUACAUGGCCUACAGUGGAAAACACCCAAAUAGGGCGAGGGUCGAUGGUGAAAACUGGAAUGGUGAGAUCGCUGAUGUGAUUGACAUCGAGGAGAACAUAUGGUCGCCAACCCUGGGCGUAAAAGGGAAGAUCGACGCCACUGUGCGAGUACGCACGCCGAACAAUAGGAACAUAUUGAAGUUGAUGCCUCUUGAGUUGAAGACGGGUAAAGUGUCAUUCAGCCUUGAGCACAGGGGCCAGGUCAUCCUCUACUGCAUGCUUCUACGUGAUUUGGGCGAGCGAGUCGAUGCGGGCUUACUCCUCUAUCUCAAGGACAGUGGCGGUAUUAAGGAGAUAGCAGCGGCCGAGAGGGAAAUGAGGGACCUCACGCUUCUGCGCAAUGGCCUGUCACAGUCAAUAUGCGAAAUCGAAAAGGCGCAGAAUGCCCGUCCUCCCGUAUUACCGAACCCGAUCAACAGGAAGAGCUGCACGUCCUGUGGACACCUCAUCGCCUGUUUUUCUGCUUUGAGGAUAGACGGUUUGAAUAAAAUCGAGAGUGAUAAUAUAUUGAGGGAGGUCGGCCCUGGGGCGACGGCCCACCUGAAACAAUGCCAUCUUGAGUAUGUAUUCCGCCUUGUCGCCCUUCAGACGUUAGAGAACGGCUCGUCGAAGUCAUCGGCUGCUCGUAUAUGGUCGGAGGAGGCGAAAAAGCGUGAGGAGAAAGGCCGUUGCUUCGCUGGCAUGGCGGUUGAGUCGUGCACGCCAUCAUCAUGCGGACGGUACAAUGUGUCAUUCGUCAAAGCAGAUUCAUCAAUUAUAUCUGCUGAGACGUUCUCAGUUGCGCAGACUGUCGCUGUAAGCCAGGGUGGAAGAGCGGUCGUUGCAAUGGGCUUCGUGAAAAGCGCAGACUCUCGUUCCGUUCAACUUCUUCUGGAUAGGUGCUUCAAACCUGGCGAUAAAGUCGAGUUAGACGCAUAUGAAUCUAAUGCCCUGCUCUCAUCUGUACUUUCAAACAUCGGUUUGUUUCUUGAAAAUACUCCAACAGCCGAAUUCCUGCGUGAGAGCAUAAUAGAGAAAAAGAUACCAAAAUUUGCGCCGAAGCUGACCUCGAAGGUGAAGAAACUUGGCCAGGGCGUCCUCGAGAAGCUGAACAGGGAGCAGUGUCGUGCUGUACUACAGGCGCUCGCUGCCGAAAGGUACAUCCUCGUCAAAGGCAUGGCCGGAACUGGCAAGUCAACUACGCUUAGGGCGCUUAUAACACUCCUUCACAGUCUCGGCAAGCGUGUACUCUUAACUGCGUACACCCAUUCUGCUGUUGACAACAUACUGGAACGACUAGUCGACACUGUACCCGUACUAAGAAUCGGGCCAGAUCACCGAAUCAAAACAUCAUUGCGUGACCACUGUGAGUCAUCUUUAAUACGAAAUAUGGAAGGCAUCACCGUAGAGAAGCUUGAAAAAGCUUUUCAAUCAUACCAAGUAGUUGGUGUGACUUGCCAUGGCGCAAGCCAUUUGUGGCUACAGCGGCAGCGGUUUGAUUAUUGCAUAGUCGACGAGGCAACUCAGGUCACGCAGACCGCCGUUCUUCGGCCGUUGUUCUUAGCUGAGAAAUUCGUCCUCGUCGGCGACCCUAAGCAGCUCCCGCCUCUUGUCCUUGAUGAACAGGCCAAGGCUCUAGGACUCGGGGAAAGUCUUUUUCAAAGGCUGGACUGCCCGGCAGUCACAACGGUUCUCAAGGAACAGUACAGGAUGAACAGGAAGAUCAAUGAGAUUGCCAACGGGCUGUCUUACGGAGGCGAACUCCGAUGCGCGAACGAUCACAUCGCUGAAGCAACAAUAGCUUACCCAAUUCGAGAUGAUGCACCUGCAUGGCUAGUUAAGGCACUGUCUGGGGACAUCCAAGAUUCCUUUGUAAUUGUCGACAUCCACGCCGAGUCGAAGAUGACAAAUUCAAAUGAACUGGAGGCGACGGCCGUCGAGCGGAUCGUAAACGAGCUUGCUGCAUCUGGAGCUGACAGUUCACAGAUCGGAGUCGUGGCAACGUAUAGGGAACAGGUGAACCUGAUAAGGCGGAAGCUGAAUGAACCAGCUGUCGAGGUGAACACAGUCGACCAGUACCAGGGAAGGGACAAGGAGAUCAUUUUGUACUCGACUUCGAAAAACACUAAUCACAAUCAUGAUGAUAUCACUGCAGAUAUGAACCGGCUCACAGUCGCAGUGACAAGGGCAAGGAAAAAAUUCAUACUCGUCUGCGACAAAGCGUUCAUAACAUUGUACUCCAACUUCGACCAGCUCAUCCGGCACAUACCAGCCGAGAAUACAGUCAAAUAUUUUUAAAAUAUCUCUUUUAUUUAAUUAAACAUAUUCAUUAAUACUUUAAAUCACGCUAAAGGGCAGGAGAAAAAAAUAACAGAGUCGAUGAACGUAAAUUUUUUUUCGUUCGUUUCCGUAGACUCGCUCAAGCGUAGAUUCUCAAGCCUUACAAUUCAUCGUAAAAUGGGAAAUUAUCAAAAUAAAAACAAAUAGACAAUAA